UGGGCUAGAGGGAACUUGAGGGACACCGAACUCGGUAGCGCUUCCCACAGUGUCCAUGGAGACACGGCCAAGAGCUGGGUUUGAGAGAGAGAGAGAGAGAGAGCGAGCGCGCGCGCGGGGCGGACAGCGAGCCCCGUUCCGCAACAUUUUAACAGGACAGGGUCACGUGAUCGCGCUGCCAGGUCCGCGCGUGUGAUCACGUGAAACGUCCCGCGAACACAACGUGCAGGCCUACAUGCCAUGGCAAGUGGGCAUUCGCACGCGCAUUUUUAAUCAGAACCCGGCGGACAAGAAGCGAAGCAAGUCUUGCUGCUGCCGAACGUAAAGUUAGUAAGGUACCAUGAGCGCCGCCUUGCUGGUGCAGAGGCUCGCGGCGCUGUCGGGGGCUGCGGCUGUGACUGCGGGGGCCUACGGAGCUCACGGGUUUAGACGCAGUGACAGGGAUGACUAUCUGAAAGAGUUGUAUGAAAUAGCCAACAAGUACCACUUCUUCCACAGCCUGGCAUUACUGGGGGCAGCACGGUGCAGGAAACCUAUGGUGGCCGGCGCCCUUCUCACGGCAGGCAUGGGGCUUUUCUGUGGGGCCCUGUACCACCAGGCUUUGACAGGUGACCCAAGCCUGAGCAAGAUGGCUCCUGUCGGAGGCACUCUGCUUAUUGCUGGCUGGGUAGCUAUUGCACUGUAAACCCAAGGUUUUGCACCCAUGAGAGCUACCCAGGGAAAGCUUCAGGACCAUAAUACCUUCUGAUGUAGCCUUUGCGGUAACUGGGCGUUGUAAAAUUCCUGUUAUCACAAGCUCUUUUUGGGCAUGGGUGUAAGUCAGAGAUAAGGCCCAUAUGUCUCCAUUGCUUUGCCUUCUGUAGCUGGUAGAUGCUGACUGCAUGCCGUAUCUCUUUUUUGUGUGAGUGUAUUUCCUACCUGAAUAAAGCUGUCUCAAAAGUAAAA